GGUGAUGACGUCACUCAAGAUGGCAGCCACCGGUAGUGCAAAAACCAUGGACAAGGAAAAGAAAUACGACCGUCAAUUAAGGCUAUGGGGAGACCAUGGGCAGGCAGCACUUGAGGCAUCCCGGGUGUGUCUUGUGAACGUAACAGCUACAGGCACUGAGACACUCAAGAACCUCAUCUUACCAGGGGUUGGCUGGUUUACCAUCAUUGAUGGUGGCAAAGUGACCGGGGAGGAUGUAGGAAACAACUUCUUCCUGGAGAGAGACAGCAUUGGAAAGUCUCGUGCUGAAGUGGCUACUGAGUGUCUGUUGGAGCUGAACUCAGAUGUGCGUGGGGACUUUAUCGACGAGAACCCAGAGCACCUGCUGGAAGCCAACCCUGAGUUCUUCCGUUCCUUCAGCUGUGUGAUUGCAGCCCAGAUGCCUGAGAGGACCCUUCUGAGCCUGGCCUCCGUGCUGUGGAAUUAUGGGAUACCGCUGCUGGUGUGCCGCUCCUACGGCCUGAUUGGUUACAUGCGGGUGGUGGUGAAGGAGCACACAGUGAUUGAGUCCCACCCGGACAAUGCACACUCUGAUCUGAGACUGGACCGACCCUUUCCAGCCCUGACUGCUUACGUGGAUGCCAUAGACAUGGACUCUCUCAGCAAGAAGGAUCACAGCCACACCCCCUUCCCAGUCAUCCUGAUGAAGAACUUGAUCCAGUGGAGGAAAGAGCUUGAACCCAGGAGCAGACAGACACUAAUACCUCCAUCUCUGCUAACCCUCAUGUUUUGCUCACAGGUUCCCAGUGAGAUCCAGGCCUUAUUUGAGGAUGAAGGCUGCAGGAACCUUAAUGCAGAGAGCUCAGACUUUUUUGUGAUGACAAAGGCAUUGAAGGAGUUUGUAGACAAUGAAGGAAAGGGUGCCCUCCCACUUCGAGGGGCCAUUCCAGACAUGUUUGCAGACUCUGAGCGUUACAUCCAACUUCAAAACAUCUACAAGGACCAGGCUAAACAGGAUGCCUCAGCAGUGGCCUCCAGAGUCUCACAGAUCUUGUCCUCCAUAGGAAGGCCAUCACACUGCAUCUCAGAAGAGGUCAUCAGGUUGUUUUGCAGGAAUGCAGCUUUCUUGAGAGUGGUGAGGACUCGAUCUUUGGAAGAGGAGUACAACCCAGAGAAAGCCUGUGUGAAUGAAAUGGGUGUUCAGCUUGAGAACCCAGACAGUGAGAUAGCUCUGUACAUCAUGCUGAGGGCAGUGGACAGGUUCCAGCAGCAGUAUGGCAGAUAUCCAGGUUACUAUGAUGAUCAAGUUGAAGCUGACAUCCCUAAACUCAAGGCAUGCAUGUGUGGACUUCUACAGGAGUGGAGUCUGAGCCCUUAUAUCAAGGAUGAAUAUGUACAUGAAAUGUGCAGAUAUGGAGGGUCAGAACUACACUCUGUAGCUGCCUUCAUGGGAGGAGCUGCAGCUCAAGAGGUCAUCAAACUGGUGACCAAACAGUUUGUGCCCUUCAACAACACCUACAUCUACAAUGCCAUGAACUCAUCCUCAGCCACAUACAAUCUCUGAUGUGCAAGUCUCUUCAAGCAGUUACUUCUACCUUGU